AUGCGGAGCCACCUGUUUCGCGACGAGGUGCGAAGAAGGGCGCAGCAUGGGGACACCACAACUCAGAACACACUUGCGCCCAUUCACACAUUCGACGCUCGGCGGACAGAUCGGGAGAGUGGGCAGCUCAUCCGGCGGCCAAGGGAGUCCCCAUUGGGAGCCAGAGUGUGUCUAAUUAGGUUGUCGAUUUUUCCGUUGAAGCGCAAGCAGAUUCAUCGAUUUGGCUAUAAAAGCCCCGUCGCUGUGUGCGUGAGCGCGUGUCGUGGUGUGCGAGCUUCUAAUACCCUGGUCGAACCUCACCCCGCGCUUAAUCCCCAGCGAGGAGCAGACGCUGCAACAGGUAAAAAUGCUAAGGGUGUUGCUAUUGCGUCAAAUCGCCAGCAUGGCUGCGAGGGUGACUCUCAGCCUCUCGAGCCCUUUCCAUUGCCACAAACUGGGCCGGAUGAGACACUCCAGUUCUCAUGGCAGGAUGUUGUGGGGGGCCACUCAAUUUCGCCUGGCAAGGAGGAUAUUUGCAUUAGGGACACCAUGGCAACAGCGCUUCCCACCGCCGUGCCGUACCAUCCGUCGCUCUUCAGCAUGACGGCGGCCUCAUUUCCCGAGGCUUUUCCCUCCACUUCCGCCGGCUAUGGCGGCUGCUUCGACUCCGAUCUGUCCAUCUUCGAGAACAAGAGCGGCCUGGCGGAGGACAUGAAGUUCCUGGCCUCCAUGCCAGAGCUCUGCGACGUGACGUUCCUCGUGGGAGAGACGCGGGAGCCAGUCUGUGCUGUGAAGGCUGUCCUGGCGGCGCGCUCGAGGGUCUUCCAGAAGCUCCUGUACCAGGCGCCGUCGCCGCAGAGGCGCAAGGAGCCGCCGCAGCGCGAGAACAAGCUCAGGCUCUUCCUCAAGCGCUCCUCGGAGCCGCUGCUGAACCUGCAGAACGCCGCCCAGCAGAGAAGUGGAUUUACGCAACAGUUAGCGCCAAUACCAGAGCCAACCGGACAUCAGCACCAGACGCUGAUCAUUGAGGAAUUCGAGCCGGACGUCUUCAGGCAGCUGAUCGAGUACAUUCACACCGGCGGCGUGACGCUGCAGCCGCGGACGCUGCUGGGCGUCAUGAACGCCGCCGACUACUACGGCCUGGAGGAGCUGCGCAGAGCCUCCGCCGGAUUCGUGCAGUACUGCAUCAACGUGGACACGGUGUGCGCCUUGCUGGCCUCCGCUGAGCGCUACAUCCAGUACAAGUGCACCAAGAACCUCGUGCAGAAGGUGCUGGAGUUCGUGGACGAGCACGGGAACGAGGUGCUGAAUCUGGGUAGCUUCACCCUCCUGCCGCAGCACGUGGUGCGACUGAUCCUGGCCAGGGAGGAGCUCAGAGCCGAUGAAUUCACCAAGUUCCAGGCGGCUCUCAUGUGGAGCAAGAAGUACUGCGACAGCAGCCCGGCGAACCCUCUGAAGGAGAUCCUGGGCAACUUCCUGGAGUACAUCCAGUUCCACAAGAUACCGGCGAAUGUGCUGAUGCGGGAAAUCCACCCACUUGGCCUUGUGCCGUAUUCGAUCAUCAUGAACGCACUGGCCUUCCAAGCUGAUCCCGCCAGUGUGGAUCCGGGAAAGUUGUCGCCCAACUCCAGCCGAGUGCGACGAGCGAGACACGCAAAGGGGCGCUCCAUGUCCGUGCAGAGCUCCCUCGAUCCCUAUGGCUCCAACACCACGCUCAGCUCCACCGGCAGCAGCGACCCGCCGAACGGGGCCAGCAGCAACUAUCCGUCUGAGCGCAAGAGCAGCUCCUCGGCCUUUGCGCCGACGUCCGGUCAGCUCAACCUGGCCAUCGAGCGCGUGGGCAGCAAGAGGAGUCCCAGCGGAGUGUCGCCACACGACAGCAAGAGCCCCAGCAGCACGUCCCAGAAGAGCCCCAUGUCCCUGUCGCGCCAGAACACCGUCCGGCAGUCGCACAGGCGAAAGAACAGCACGACGCCGUCGCUGAACUUGCAGGGCCGGCGGAGUCCCUGCGGAGCCGCGCCCGAGCAGCGCAGUCCGCAGGGGCGUCGCAGCCCCGUCUUCCUCAGCUACGAGCCGUCGCGCUCGGGACACAGAAGUCCCACGGACAGGAGGAGUCCCACGUCCUCCAUUCACGUGCAGCAGCAGUCCGGACACCGGAGCCCCAUCGACUACGAGCGACGGAGCCCGUUGUCCGGCGUGGCGCCUCCGCUGGACCGGCGGAUGUCAGGAGGAGUUUCGCCGGAUGAGAGGAGAACUUCUCUGCAGCAAUCCCUGAUCCUCGGGCGACGCAGCCCCAUUGGAUUCUCGCAAGGCAUGAUGAUCCCGCUCACGCCCAGCCGGAGUCCCACGGUGCCAAUCCCACCCAUUACGAUCUCCAACCCUUCGGAGACCAUCGCCAUCAUCCAGCGCCAGGUGGAGAGCAACGUCGAGUCCUCGGCGGACGAGAAGAGUCCGCCGCCGGCGGAGCGGAAGGAGAAGACCAGCGUCAUGCGCGAGAUCCUGGCGUUCGUGCGGAAGCCAUCGAAGAAAGUCACCACGCGAUCCAGCAGAUUCGCCGCGGCCUUCUCGAGAGCCGAGUCGACAUCAGGAAGUCCUCUGCUUCGCCAAAGCACCUUCUCUAGCGCCCCCACGGCGUCCAGCCGGGCGGCCAAGAGUGCUGUGACAAAGCAGAUGUCGGAGGUGAGCUUAGAGCCGAAAAUGUCGCAACGCUUCAAGAAUCUCGCUUACACGACUAAGCUGUCUCUGAGACUGCGGCGCUCGGACACCAGCAAAGCCAAGGAUGCCAAGAAGUCCAGCGGAGAAGAAGCCAGCGACGUGGAGAGUAUCUCAGACACAAAGGCAGUGGAGAAACUGGGAUCCAAACCAUCGCUGAACAAUGCAAACGGUGGAUUGUCGUUUGAGCUGGAGAACGUGCACUUCGAGAAGGUGGGCGAUUCCUACAUCAAGCACGAGCAGAUCCGCGAGGAGACCAUCGAGGAGUCCAGUCCGGUGAAGUCCGUCUCGAGCGGCGAGCGCCGUCCGGAGACGCUGGAGCCGAACGUGAUCGUGGUGAGCGGGAAGACGCCGCUGCAGGAGGAGACGGAGCGCAUUGAGGAGCUGAAGCGGAGCCUCCUGAGCCUCCUGCCGCCGGUGGAGGGCAGUGUGGACGACCCCACACAGGAGGCGGCUGUGCCCGAGUUCACACUGGAGAAGCCUCAAGUGCCUGCCACGGCCAAGAUGCAGUGUCCCACUUUCGAAAUCGAGCCUCCGUCCAGGCGCGCCUCCUUCGAUCCGCCUCGGUCGCCCUAUCUGGAGAACCUACGCAGUCCGGCCGGCCGAGACGAUGCGAAUGGCGUGCGCAGGGAUUCGGGGGCGGAUAGUUUCGAAAUUGUGGACACGGAUCGCAAUCGUGAGUCCAGCUUUGAGGAUCGCUACUCCUCCAUCGACACGAGUUUCGAUAUAUCCAGGUACCACUCGACGAGUUACGAAGAUCAGACGUCCAGCUUCGAAAUGAUGGAAGCCACUCCCGGUGACAAGAGAUCACCUUUUGAUCUCCGUAAAUCGUCGAUUGAGCUCGUGGAUGUUGAAACGUUCCAGCAACGCUCAGGCGGCAGUAGCGACGGCCGGAAGUCCUCCCUGGAGACGCACUUUGACUACACGCUGCCCCACGGCAUGGCGAAGCACUUCCACUCCCGCAAGCACUUCCACCAGCGCGCCCUGCCACGGGCGCGAAGUCCUCUGUCGCAGCAAACCUCCUCCAAUUACAGCUCCCGCGACUCCUACGACUCCGCUUCCGAGCCGCUGGUGCAGAAGCGCUUCUCCGGCUCCAGGAGCCCUUUCGCCGAUCCCACGCGUCAGCACUAUCCUCUCCCGCCGCGCUCGCCCUGCACCGGCGCGGAUGGGGAGUCCUUCCUGUGCAUGGAUCAGCGCUGUGCCGCCAUCUUCGAGCCCAGGCCGCCGCGCACCUCGUCGCCCUAUCUCACCUGCUCCAGCGGCAGCGAAUUCGAGCCGCCGUCGCCGCGGCGCGCCUCCUCCGUGUCGCCCAAGCACACCUUCACGUUCCGCAUCGUGCUGAAGAAGGUGGAGAGCAGCCCGGACGAUCUGUGUCCGACGCGAGAGCCGCGCAGGGGGCGUGUGGAUCGCCACAAGAGGCGCGACAGCCGCCGCAAGAGACUCCUCGACACCGGCAAGAGUUUCUAGGAUCUAAGGAACAACUGUCCCACCAUCCUCGGUCCCGGUAUCCAAUGCCUUAUCCGCGGAAGGAUUUUCUGGUGAAAAUUCCUCUCACUCAGCAAAUGCGCUCGCUUGCAAUUCUCAUUUUAGCACACUCAAAUUAUUAGCAACUUUGCAACAAAACAAACAAAGAAAUGUAUGGUUGGAAGUUAAGUAAUUAUUAUGAAUUGUUGUUACUGUUUGCAAAACAUAAGCUAAUCAUAAUUGCAUUAUAUAUAUACAUAAUGAUAUUAGGACAAAACGUACACUGUGACAAUCCUCAAUGUUACUUAAUAGUGAGUGAAAAAUUAUAGAGAAAAAGAAAAUGAGAUGUUUAAGGAGUCUAUAAAUGACAAAUCUGAUAACGUUUGGCAAUGAUUUCGCAACAAAUUGAGUGUUUAUAAAACUCUACUUGUUAAUAUUCCUGUGAUUGCAUGACAAAAAGUGUUUCUUCAUGGACAUUAAACCCAGAUAAUCUUCAUCGUUGCAUUUGUCCCAUUGACUAAUUUUAAAUUGAUAAAAUAUCUUUGUAAAAUAGGGAAUAAGAAUAUUUAGUAACUCAAAUUGCAAUGUAGUGUUAUUUGUUACAUCAACCUCGAGAUGCUCAAUGUUUGGAACUUUAUUCGCUCCGAGUUGAAGAGCGAAGAGCAAAAAGGCCAAAAGAAAGGUGAAGAAGAAGAAAAAAACUGUAUAAAGAGAGAGAAUUACUUAAGAACUAUACACAAAAUGCCUCGUCAUAGAAAAAGAUAUUAGGACUUAUCAGUCAACAAUGAAGAAUGCGCGAACACGUAAAUUUGAGAUAUCACAAGGACAGGAAUUUUAUAUGUGCAACUUUAAUAUAUUUAUCGUAUAUUUACCAUGGAUUGAUAAUAAUUAUUCUAAAAGGAUAGGAUUGGGAUUGAGUGUGUGUGUUGAUGUGUUAUACAAACCAAACCAAAGACGCGUUACUUGAUAAAUCGGAGAGGAAUUUGAGAAGAAUAAUCACAUUAAUUACCUUUAACUGUGUGACUGUAACAUUUUAGCUAAACACGUAAUUUUAGCAGAAUUUAUGGAGAAAUUCAGUGACUUGCAAAGCCGUUUGACUUUCAAUAGUCGAAAAAGUUGAAAAAGACACUUUUUCCAAACCAAUCAUCUCUUUUUUUUACACAAAUUUAACUCCUUAAUUAUCUUGUCAGUGAUAUUUCAGCAAUUAGACUUAGAAAUUUUACUUUAUCACAAAACCCAAAUCGACGAGUGCCUCAAAAACUAUCAAAAGUCGAGCGAGUUCAAAAUUUAGCUCAAAAUACAGCUUCAAAAUUUGCUAAAUUUACUUCAAAACGCAUUCAAAACGUCCGUUAAAGUGCAAAUAUUGCUUUGUAUUUAUUAUUUUGUAAAUAUUUUAGUUGAUUUUAUUGGUAUUUAUUGGAGUUUUUGACUAGAAUCUUAAAAUAUUACUUUCCAAAGUCGAUUUUUAAUGGUCUUCGAGUCGAUUUUAUCCACACAAGUUCUAAAAAAUCAACUUUUCAUACUUUACUUAAACUUUUCUUUACACUUUUCAAGUAAAUUUUUUUAAAAGAUAUGAGAAAUCUUCAUUCAAAGAUUUAAAAGUCAACUAUUUAGGAUGAUUUUAAAAAUCUAACAUUAUUUACUGAAAAGGCGUUUUAUGCGUUUGACUGCAAUUUUUGAGACAUUUUUCUUGGAAAUAUUGUUCAGCGUAAAACAAUGAAUAUUCGUCUUUUCAUUCGCAAAACAUUAUAAUUUUUUCCCUUUGUGCUUUUUUGAUAAAUAAGAUUUUUUUUAUUAUUGUCUCAUGAGAUACAAAUCUGAAAAUUUUUGUAGCUUUUCAAAAAUAACAUAAGACGUAAACUAUGAACAAAUCGACUUUUCAUCGUUUUUCAAUUCACCCGUCGAAAUACGAAAACCCUUGUGAGCCACACGUUAAUUGUUUGUUCAAAGAUAGAAUAGAGGAAAAGGACAACUAAGAGGAUAGAAAGCAAAGAGAAUAUGUAAAUGAGAAUAUCUCCUUUUCAUGCCUUACAUGAUAUAAUCUUACAUUAUUGAUCGUAUAAAACAAUUUAUUGAGUAUUUCUAGAAGUUAUUGAAAUAUACAUUUUUACUAUAAUGUCCAAGAAUUGUUGCGCAUGUAGAGUUUGAUGAAACAAAAAUUCGAUGGCAUGAAGAGAUUUCAAAAAAGAAUACAAAAAAAAAUAUAUAUUUUGGCAGAAAUGUUCAUCGUUGUUAUUUUGGUAAGAAAAAAAAAUGUGUCAAAAGGAACUUCUUGGACAUAAAGUGAAAAAGUUUAGAUGGAAAAUAGUGGAAGAAGAAAGUGAAUAUAUAUUUUAUUAGCCAGCUGGAUUUGGGGCCGUUUAAUAGACAUAACAAUUAUAGAUAAAUUGAGAAUGUUAUUGAUAAUAAUUCCGAUUGAAGACAUCCAUGUUAAUAAGACGUUGAGGCGUAAGUUAAUAUUGAUCUACUCGUACUAUCGACUUAAUCGUGAGAAGUAUUCUUAGCUUGUGUGCAAUUAUAUUGUGGGUGUCGAAGAUGAAAUGUCCUCUUUUUUUUAUUAUACACUGAAAAUAUGAUCAUAUCUUAUAUAUAUAUAUAUAUAUAGUCAGAUUUUCCCGCUCUACGAAGGCUGUUUCGGUGAAGGAAAUUUCAUUCUGUACUUAUCAGAAAUGCCAAAUUUAUCACUGAAUGUCAAAGUUUCACACUAAAAGUUUAAUAAUAAUAUUCCACAGGAAGUUUGCAUUGUAAUUGCAUAAAUGUAACUGAAAAAUUGAAACUGUUUUAUCAACCACAAACCAAAGGUUUCGUAUAAGUUCAUGUUCAGGUGAAAAAUAUAUUACUGUAUGUACACAAAAAAA